AUGCCGAGCGACGGCGGCAGCCACGACGAUGACUACGUGCCCCCCGCGCAGCGCGGGGUAGUGUUUUUCUCGACCAUCCCGCGCGACAUGCGGCCGCAGGAGGUUCGCAUGCACUUCAGCGAGUUUGGGACAAUCCUGCGACAGAGGUUUACGCCAUUUCCAAAGAAGGAGAGGCGCCCCGGCGGCCCCCUGUUGCCGCUGCAGUUCAUGAACGGCUACUUGGAGUUUGCGCAUGCUGCGGACGCGCGACGGGCAGCGGCGGCGAUGAACGGGACCGCCGUCGCAUGCAAGCGACGGCGCAAGUGCCACGGCCAGCUGUGGACCGUGAAGUUCCUUGACGACUUCACAUGGGACACACUGCUCGAGGAGAGGGAGGGGGCCCUGCGUACACGGCGCCAGCGUGAGGCGGAGGCACGUGGCACAGAGCGCGCCAUCAAUGAGGCCUACCGCGCCGCCGUGCUUGCAACAAUGCGGCGCAAACGCCCACGCGGCGAGGAGGGGGCGCCGGAGCGGAAACAACGUGAACCCGAAGGUCCUGUGAGGGCCGAGCGGCGUGAGGGAAGGGCGUCUGCGAGGACGUUGCGCGAUGCGAGCGCCUCGUUGCCGCCUCCGUCUGCUGCCGCUGCUGCUGCUGCUACUGCAGGUGACACUCCCCUUGGGGCGGUGAAGAAGCGGCCGAAGAGGCAGUGCUGA